CUAAUGCAUCAUCCUGCUUCGGUUUGGGAAUCAUCCUCUAGAACACAAUUGUUCUUUAUGGUUCUCUCAAUCACUUUAUGGUUAACGAUGAUGGGAUUUGCCAUAUUAGGCUAUUAUGUUGCACGAACUCGAUAUAGAACUUUAAAAAAGUCCAAUUCUUCACAAUUAUCAUCGGAUAAAGUACCAGGAGUGACAAUAAUAAGACCACUCAAAGGUGUUGAUUGUAACUUAUAUGAGAAUUUGGUUUCAUCAUUUAGACAAGAUUAUCCGAAUUUUGAAAUCAUAUUUUCGGUUGCUAGCGAGAAUGAUCCUGCUGUAAAAGUUGUUAAAAACUUGAUGAAAAGAUAUCCAAAAGUAGACGCUAGAUUAAUUAUAGGUGAAUGUGAUGUAGGUGUUAAUCCGAAAAUCAAUAAUAUGAUCCGCCCAUAUGAAUCUGCAAAAUAUGAUAUUAUUUGGAUUUGGGAUUCUAAUAUUUAUGUGGACUUUGGAUGUUUAGGUAGAUCAGUAGAUAAAUUAUGUCAACCUGGUGUUGGCCUUGUUCAUCACCUUCCUUUUGCCGUUUGUCCUGACACUUUUGGUUCUGAAUUGGAGAUGAUGUUCAUGGACACCGUACACGCUAAGAUGUAUUUGGCGAUUAAUGCGAUUGGACCUGAUAGUUGCGUGGUUGGAAAAUCUAAUUUGUACCGUAAAAGUGAUAUUGAAAGUGUUGGCGGUUUAGCUCAAUUUGGAAAAUAUAUGGCCGAAGAUAAUCUCAUUGCACGUGCUCUUUGGAGAAAAGGGUAUAAACAUGAGAUGACUAGUGAUCUGGCAUAUCAACCUCUUGGUUCAAUGGCUACUGCUGAUUAUUUUCUCCGUCGUUCACGCUGGACUCGCAUUCGUAAAUACACUGUUACAGCUGCAACUGUAAUAGAACCUUUUACGGAAUCGAUCGUUUGUGGAUUAUGCGCGUCUUACGGGUUUAACCUUUUAUGGAAUAUUCAUCCGUUAAAUUUCUUGGCUUUUCAUCUUAUCACUUGGUUUAUGAUUGAUGUUAAAUUGUUUCAAGCUUUAAGUAGGAAAAGGAUUGAGAUGGAAAGUUUGCGUAGUUUCAUCAUGGCUUGGGCAUUGCGUGAAAUUACAGCUUUACCAUUAUAUAUUUAUUCCGUAUUUGGCGAUACUGUAGAUUGGCGUGAUGGUAGAUACUAUUUGAUGCGAGAUUCAACUGUUGUCAAAGUUUCUUCAUCAAAUCAGCAACAAAGUGUAGUCGGAAGUCUUUCAUUGCCUUCUUUGGCUCGUAAAGUUGCCAUUGUCACAAAUUAUAAUACUACUCGCUCAACUUCAGAUAGUCAGAGGUUAGCAUUUUUCCAACAACAAUUCAUUGUUUCUAUUCUCACUUCAGUGAUAUUAGUUAUUGACAUUGUAAUGGACAUCUUAUUAAAGAGCCAACGUAAUGGAAAUCCUGUAGAGAAUAUUGAAGCAUGUGAACUGACUGAGGAAAAGAUAAGACGACGUAUAAUUAAUAGACAUGUAUUAGGAGAUAAUGAGAAUAAUAAUGUUAAUGUUAGAGAUGAUGAUGAAAUAGGUGUAGAAAUUGAUAGCGCUGAUGAAAGAGAUAUAUCUAAUCAGGGUGACCCAAUCAUUCAAGCCGCAGGUCAUUAUUUGAAGAGUUCUUUGAGUGGUCAUUAUUUCGGUAUGCCAUAUCAUAAUGAACCUGAAUAUAUGGACAAUUUAGAUUUUGAUGUUACUGCCUCCUCAUCAUCAUCUCCAAGUGGUGCUGAGUCGAUGUCUCGUCGAAGUUCCACUUCUUCAAUAUUAUCACCCAAUUCAGUUUCUUCCCAAACGAACAUUAAAACUUCUGAUACCUUAAAAUCAAGACGUUCAUCUCUUCUAAAUGAAAUAUAUAGAAGUGUUUCAAUUGGACUUUCAAUGCAUUUACAAAAUGAGAAGAAUGUAUUGGAAGGUCAAAGACGACGUAGGAAAAGUUUGUCAGUUAGUAAUAAAUCAAUUAAUCAAGAUCGAUCACGGUCCAGAAGUAUGUCAGAUAAUUAUAUAUAACCAAUUUUUUUUCAUUCAUAAUUUGCUUGCGGUGUUGUGGAUAGUAGUAUAUGUGUAUCGAUAUUGUUCGUGAUAUAUAUAAUAUAUAUUUUAGUAAUAUUUUGGUAAUAUUUCUGUUUAUUUGGUCAUGUAAAUAUUGUUAAGUUGAAAAA